AUGCGGUCCCUCGCGAAGGCCCAGCCGCCGAAGCCCUUCUCCCCCCUCGCCGCCUUCGUCCAGUCCAUGGGGUACGUGGACGUGAAGAUGCGGUGGAAGAAGGACGCGUCCUUCGACGGCGUCCCGGUGCUCGCGCACGCGCGGGACCUCCGCCCGCUCGCCGCCCUCGCGCGGCUCCUCUCCCCGUCGCCGACCCCCGUCUCCGCGGUCUCCAAGCUCCGCCGCUCGCUCGAGACCUCCGACCGCCGCGUCGCCGCCUUCCUGCGCCGCUUCCCCGCGGCCUUCGUCGAGUCCGUCGGGCCCGAGCACGACCACCCCUGGUUCCGCCUGUCCGCCCCCGCCGCGCGCCUCCUGCAGGAGGAGCGGGACGUCUUCGCCGCCCGCCGCGCCGACAUCGCCUCCCGCCUUCGCCGCCUCCUCCUCAUGUCCCCGGCGCGCCGCCUCCCGCUCAGCGUCGCGCAGGGCAUGCUCUGGCACCUCGGCCUCCCGGAGGACUACUUCAGGCGCCCGGAGCUCGACAUCGGGCAAGAUGGGUUCAGGAUUCUAACCACCGCCAGAGACGGCGACUACCACAGGGACGAGAACGACGGCAAGGAGCUGGGGCUCAUCGACGAUGGGAGAGACCAAGAAAUGCCGCUGUCAGUGCUUCAAACGAACGCCAUACGGAGGUUCGGGUCGGCAGACGAGGUGCCCAUCCCAUUAUUCCCGUCAAAGGGUCUCCGGCUGAAGCACAAGAUUGGGGACUGGCUGGAGAGGUUCCAGAAGCUGCCUUACGUCUCUCCCUAUGAGGAUUUCAGCAACAUUCAACCGGGCACCGAUGUUUCACAGAAGCGGGUGGCUGGGGUGCUCCAUGAGCUGUUCAGUCUGUUUGUGACAUGCUCCGCCGAGAGGCGGCGGUUGCUUUGUCUCAGGACGCACCUCGGGCUGCCACAGAAGUUUGAUCGAGGGAUUGAGCGGCACCCGCAUAUAUUCUACUUGUUGUUGAAGGAGAAGACGUGCUUUGUUGUCCUCAAAGAGGCAUACAUGGCUGGGGGAGACACAGCAAUUGAGGAGCACCCCAUGCUGGCAGUGCGGAGCAAGUAUGCCGGAUUGAUGGAGGAGUCUCGGGAGAUCAUAAAGCGUCGGCGAAGUGGGAAGCCUGUACAACUGGAUCCUGAGGAUCAAGAGGAGAGUGAGGAUUGGAAGGAUGCCAAUUCAAUAGGAACUCAUUAUUUUUGACUGAUCACAAAAUGAGAAAAUGGGCAAUAUGGAUUUUUGCAACGAGAAUAAGGGAUUCUUUUUUCAUUGGAAGCAGCAUAUUUGCAUGCAAAAUAGAGGAGUUAUGCGCAUAUGCGAAGAGUGGAAGGUAACA